GGCAAAGAGUAUCUUACCACCUGGUAACACUGGCCGAGACAUAAUAACCUCCGAUAUAGAAGUCCGAUAUCGAAACGUGUUGGCUUUGAAAUUACAUAGAUUACAUCGGGACAUUCGAAAUGGGCAACGUGCUAGCGGCUUCCUCCGGCGCCCCAGGCAGUGGCGCCUCAAAUCUGGGCCUCGGCCUUCAGGAACCGACUCCCGUGCCCUCUAAUUCCGGCUCAUUGACCGAAUCCUCUUCGUCCGCCGAAGGCUCGGACUCGCUUGCCGCCGCCAAGGACGCAGCGCUGGAGAAUCCCGGCACCGUUGAGGAGCUCCACAAAAAGUGCAAAGAUAUCCAGGCCAUCACCUUCGAGGGUGCCAAGAUCAUGCUGAACAAGGGCCUGAGCAACCACUUCCAGGUGUCGCACACCAUCAACAUGAGCAAUGUGGUACCCAGUGGAUAUCGCUUCGGAGCCACCUAUGUGGGCACCAAGCAGUUCAGCCCCACGGAAGCUUUCCCCGUGCUCCUGGGCGACAUCGAUCCGGCGGGCAACCUCAACGCCAAUGUUAUCCAUCAGUUCUCCGCCCGUCUGCGCUGCAAAUUCGCCUCGCAGAUCCAGGAUUCCAAGGUGGUGGCCACACAGCUGACGACCGACUAUCGCGGUAAUGAUUACACCCUCUCGCUGACGGUGGCCAAUCCCAGCAUAUUCACCAACUCCGGCGUGGUCGUUGGCCAAUAUCUCCAGUCAGUCACUCCAGACCUUGCCCUGGGCUCGGAACUGGCCUACCAGUUCGGUCCGAAUGUCCCCGGCCGUCAGAUAGCUAUUAUGUCCGUCGUGGGCCGUUAUACGGCUGGAAACUCGGUGUGGUCGGGGACCCUGGGGCAGAGCGGUCUGCACGUGUGCUACUACCAGAAGGCCAGCGAACAGCUGCAGAUCGGUGCCGAGGUGGAGACCAGCCUGCGGAUGCAGGAGUCGGUGGCCACGCUAGCGUAUCAGAUAGAUCUGCCCAAAGCGAAUCUCGUCUUCAGAGGCGGAAUUGAUUCCAACUGGCAAAUCUUUGGAGUUUUGGAGAAGCGUCUGGCUCCAUUGCCAUUCACACUAGCCCUGAGCGGACGCAUGAACCACGUGAAGAACAACUUUAGACUCGGCUGCGGGCUGAUGAUCGGCUAAGCCGGAUCUUUGGACAGCCAUAUCCUACUUCAGCCUCAGACCCCAAGCACACACCCAUCCAUUGUAACUUUUUCACAUCAUCCGCUAACAACAAGAAGAAGAACAACAAACAAAGAGAUAUAUAAAUCUGCUAACAAACUUUUUUUAUGAUGAUCUGUCUGUCGCUUGUGUGUAUAAAAAAUGCCUUGCAUUGCAAAAGAGGCGGCCAGCAGGGAUCUGGGAUCCUAUGGAAUGGCUUUUAUUCUUUAAUCCAUUAUGUACCAGUGUGCCACUGUUUGUCGUCCGUUGUUAAUCGAUCAAUUUAACCCACUGACAGAGUCAUAAACGCGGAGUUCAAAAUACAAGAAUGAAAACUAUUCCACAAUUAGUAUACAUUUCUUCACUGAAUACACAAACACACACACAUCCAAAACUACAGCAAGAAACUGUCACUGUACAUUUUAAGUUGCUUCCUAAACGUACGCAUUUAUUUAGAACAACCAGCUAUUUCCUCCAAACAUACAAAAAUGAAUUAAAUAAUUAAAAAGAAAACAGCAGCAAGCAGAGACAACAAAUAAUAAAUGCGUAUGAAUUGUAUGUUACAAGCUAUCAAAUUCUUAAACUGCUUUAAGUUUAUUACUUAUAAAUUUACAAUUAGUUUUAAUAACAAAAACUUUGUUAAACCAACCUUAAUUACCUUAUGGCGUGGAAGAAUUUGGCGGAAUUCAUAUAGAGUCGGCGCCGAAAUGUUGUGAGGGGAUAGAAAACCAAACAAAUCAAGCUCCUUAAAAAAUAAUUAAAACCCAAACAAUAUGUUAAACAUGUGAAAUAAUUAAUUUAAAUUGUAAUUUACCCGUACCGAAACAAGAACCAUAAAACCAACAAAGGAAAACCAGAUGAUAAAAUAGGUUUUAGAAAAAAUAAACAAUUUAAAUAAA